AUGUUUAACCAACAUAUAAGAAUAACAGCUCUAGCCGGUAAUGACGAUGUCAAGAGGCAGUUAGUGAAAAGUGGAAUAAUUCCCAUUAUAGUUUCAGUUCUUACUAGACACUCCAGUAACCCUACGUCUGUAGCAUUGACGCUGAAAUGCAUAGCAGCGCUUGCGCUACGUGAACCGGAACACAGUGUGCAAUUUAUCGAAUCCGGCGCAGCUGAGGCCAUAGUGGAAUGCCUCAAAGUUCACCAGGAAAACCCUCAAGUGCAGAAAAACGGCUGCUGGGCGAUACGAAACAUCGUGGCGCGUCGUCGCGACCUAAACACAAAGUUUCACGAACUCGGAAUCGAAUCUAUACUUAACAGGUCAUAUGAAUUGUUCUCAAAAGACUUUGGCUUCGAUAUAAAAUCGGCUUUACGGGAUCUAGAAUGUAACGUUAAGUUGGAUGAACAGUGGACUGGGAAAGGGAUUCAAUUAGAACAUUGA